UUAACUCCCCUCCCCAUCACCACCACGUUACUUCUGUGCUCUGCCACCCCCACUACCACCUCCUCCUCCUCCCUAUCCUCACUCACCCGGCGAGAAGGCAUACGGCAGAGUUCUGUCCCCGUUUGCUCCUCAGCUGCAGCGGCACACGCGGGACAUCGUCUUCACGGGACAUCGUCUUCACGGGACAUCGUCUUCACUCGUGGCAGCUGUCGAUGGUCGUGGUCGUGGUGGUGACGGCGCUGUGUGUGUAUGUGGGCUUAUCCGCCCCAAAAUUCCACAUCUUCUGUGCUCCAGUCCAUGGCUUGCCGGGAAUUCCACAUCGUGCCGGAGCAAAACAGUUUUGUGUUCGAAUUGACGCGGAGCACUGAGGUUCAUUGUGCUUUGCAAAUGAAGCCGUGAAAUUCUCUGCUCCUUCACUGGAAGCGAGGGGCCUGGGAAAGAGGAAGCUGAAUCCUUGUUUGUGUGAGCGAAGCUGGGAGUCUUGAACAGCAGAAGAAUAAAAGGUGUCUGGAUCUGUCGAUUUUCAAAUCAACGAGAGAAUCUGCUCUAUAAAAUUACAAAUGAAUGGGAAAACAAUUGAUCUGAAAAGACUUUUGUCCCGAACGAGCUUCGUAUUUCAAGACAAAGGGCCUCUUGAGGACAGCAGCAACAAAGUGACGGCUGUCCCGUGCCAUGCCGUAGUAAUGGUGGAGAUAAAAACAAAGCUAUGUGUAUUCCACGAGUAAGCUGUAACCAGACCACCUACACCUCCGUGAGGAGGUGUACGUGAGCAGGGUGAAAUCUGAACCACUCGUAGCAUCAAACCAACACCAAGAAGGUCACUCGGAUCCAACCGCCGGCCGCAUUGCCACAAUAUUGCUUGUCGCCAUAACAGUGUCAACCACACGGUUGGGCCAUUGCGUCGUUAACCACGCUGUGAAACCAUUGGUGGCACCACCAUCACAGACGGCGUCAGCCGGAUUAAAGCACCGUCAGCGAUACCGUCACACCAUCAUGCCGUUGGUCAGAACAUCAUAUAAUUUUAUUACACCGUAAAAAACUGCCAGGUCCGUUACAGCAUCACGGUACCAAACACGUAGUCGCGUCAUCACACUUAAUUAAACCAUCAACCGAACCAUCAUCGAAUCGGUCAUAGCAUCGGGCCAACACCAUCAUCGGCCACGUCGUCGCGGCGCCAGUCAUGGGGGACAUACAGUUGGACAGGGACUUUGAAGAGGUGGUCACUGCACCGGAUCGUUCGCUGCCGGGGCCGGAGCGGCUACAGAGGGCUCGCAAGAAGCGCGCGGAGCAGCUGAAGCGCUGGGCCGAGUUCGACCGGCAGCACGGCAAGAAGGGGCGCGCCAAGAAGAAGCGGCUUCGCUCGAAAAGCCGCGCUGUCAACUUCCCGCCCAGCCUGAGGCUCCUGGAGGCCGUGAGCCGGAACGACGUAGAUGAAGUUACGACGCUGCUGUCGGACGGCGUGAGCCCGGACUCGUGCAACGAGGAGGGCCUCACUGCGCUGCACCAGGCGUGCCUGUGGGGCUGGGAGGACCUGGCCGGGCUGCUGCUGAGCCGCGGCGCUUCAGUAAACGCUCGCGACUCGGGGCUGUGGACGCCGCUGCACGCUGCAUGCGCGCAGGGGUUCACGGAGGUCGUGCGGCUUCUCGUGCCACGGGGCGCGGACCUCCUGGCGCUGAGCGAGGACGGGGAGACUCCGUUUGACGUGUGCGAUGACCACGAGACAAUCGCCUACCUGGAGGGCGAGAUGCGCCAGCGAGGCCUCACCGAAAAGGUGGUGGAGGACGCCCGGAAAGCCACGGAGGACUCCUUCAUCAGCGAGAUGACGCAGAGCGUCGCCGACCUCAACGCGCCCGACGAUCACGGCGUGGUGGUGCUGCACAUGGCGGUGGCGCACGGUUACGAACGUGCCGUGCGCGUGCUGCUGGAGGUCGGGGCCCGCUCGGACCUACCGGACGCAGACGGAUGGACGCCCCUGCACGCGGCUGCCUAUUGGGGCCAGGAAAACAUCGCAGAAAUCCUGGUGGCGUACGGGGCGCGGCUCGACACGGCGAAUAAGCACGGGCAGACGCCUGUCGAGAUGUGCGAGGACGUGGAGAUGCGGGCGCGGCUCGCGCGGCUCAAGGAGCGCGCCGAGCGGGGGCUGCUGGACGUGCGCAACCGCCGGGGGUUCCUGCCGCUCCACCGCAGCAGCCUGCGCGGCAGCAAGAGCAGCAAGCUGGUGCACAAGGGACGCACGGAGGAGAUGCAGAGCGAAGCCAUCGUGUGGCAGACGAUGGAGAAGCGGGACGACGCGGACGACGACGCCGAGGACUCCCGACCCGAGGACGGCAGGACGGCGUCUCGCAAUGCCCUGAACGGCAAUGGAAUAACGCACGGCGCGGGCGCGGAGCGAUUAUCAAAACAGGAAACUUCAGGUGGAGAAGCAGAUCCGACGGAGUCUACCGCCGCCUCCAAUCGCCCCGCCCCUGCAGGCGACGCUGCUCUCGCUGCUCCCGCUGCCGCCGCUUGGGGUGAACAAGAUUCGGACGCGAUGUGUGAGAGCGCUUCUGCGAGCGACACCCGCCCGUCGCCCGAGCCCGAGGCUGCGGACGAAAACUCUGCUGCGGACGACGACUGCAGCUCCGACGACGACGACGACGACGACGACGACGACAGCUCCGGUGCCGACGUCCAUUCGGUUAGCAGGGACCCGCAGGAAGUCGUCGUCCAGCAGCCUGUCGCGCAAGUCACCGCGGCGCCAGCCGCGGACAGCAAUGUUGAGGAUGCGCGUGGGACUGACCUGAGCAACGGAAAACCCAUCGAAUGCUCGGCGGUUUCGGCCGCUGUGAAGGGCGUCGCGGAAAGUGGCGAGCCGCCUGAUGAAAAUGCGAAGGCCGGAGCUGCUCCAUCGAGUCAGUUGGGGGGGCCUGGUGCGAGCGAAGAAAGUGACAAGCCGCCACCUGCAUGCACGAACGCGGCUGCUGCGUCAAACCCUCGCGGCGGCGGCGGCGGCGGCGACGAAGACGAAGAAGCGAACGCUGCCGAGCAGGGCGACAAGGCGCUGUGUUCGGAGAGAGCCACGGCGUCAACCCCUGCCGAGCGUUUGGCACAAAAGGAAAGCGGCACAGCCAGUGCGGUGAGCGCGGCGUUGGAACAGAACGGUGAAUCCAGUGAUGCCAUAAAUAGCGUAGACGUCAAUGGCGCUCGGAAAGCCGUGGACGCCGAUGCUGAAGAUAACGGCGUUGAUGAAAAACCUGCAUCUCCGCCGAAGGUUGGCUCGCUGCCGGGCGACGGAAUUUCGACGCACGGGGUGGAUAAUUCUGCCGACGCUAAUCCGCCACAGUCGUCGCCGUCAGACGAUGCCGCGAAGCCACAGGUCGCCACUCCGUCCAGCGCCGCCGCCACCACCACGACUGCCACCGCCUCCACCUCCUCCUCCACGGAGGCGGGGGCAGCGAUAGAUGAAAGCCGCGUCCUAGUGCAGCUCCUCAACGACGCGUUCGAGGACGACGAUCUGUCGAGCAAAGAGGAUGGCGACGACGACGUCGUGGGGGGUGCCGGGAUGAGCGGCGGCCAGGUGGCCGGAGUUUCGUACGUGGUGGGAGGACACAAAGCGAACGGCGUGAGAGAGCCACGCCGCCCACAGUGGGACGAUCAUGAUGUGCCAACGUUCAAGGGGGAGGUGCGGGAAGACAACACCGAGGCGAAGGGGCGCAGGUGCUGCAAAAUGAUGUGAUCACUACGCAGACUUUGUACGCCGUUUGUGUGCGCGUGUGUGACGACCCAAGGUGUGGCUCGGGCCGUAGAGCAGCCAGGGGGUUGUCAUUUGUGCGAUUGUGAGUUCACGUCCUGGACCGGUUGACAGAGCCCUCAUUGUCGCCGUUGUUCCCCACGGUUUGGAGAAUUGCCACCGCCACCUGGCAAAGCUGUACAAUGUCGCGUAAAGUUUCAACAUCGGUUGUAGCGUGGACCGGCUGGUCCCUUCUAGUGGAGUGUGAAACAACCCCCACUGCUGGCUCUCAGGAUAGCUAAUGAAGACGAGCAGUACCAAAACGCUCGUUUGAUUGUGCUGUGGUUCAAACUGCCCCGCGAAUGGAACUGAAUAUACAUUUUGUUCGCUAUAAUAUUUGUUUAUGAAUUUUUUUUUUUUUUAAAAAGCACACACAAAACCUAACUGUACAUUAUUCAAACAUGUAGCCUUACGUUGUAUUUGCUCUCGCGAGUUUCACAAAAUGUGCAUGCAGUCGCAAUUGCUGGCGGCGUAUCGAAUAGCAUCACAGACCAAUCAAAGCUGUGGACAGUGUUAAUGUAAACUCCGAAGUGUCGUCGUCACAUCGGCAGAUGCAUUAAAAGUCAAGGGUGCUACUUAGCUUCGAACAAAACAGCCUUUGGCCCGGCAUAGGGGGGGCGAUAAAUCUUGUGUUUAGUGACUCGAUGAGACCGUUGCCAACUUGCAUGUUUCAGGGACGCUUGGAGCAUCGCUUCAAAUGGUGCCGAGUCGUGAUCGACCGCUGCCCUGUUACGUUGCGACGUUGAGCACCCCCCCGUGAUGCGGGUCCCGGGGUGAAAUAACCCUCGUUGUGCUCGUUGGCACUGUGGGAAUAAACUCGGCCUGCUCGUAUUUACCUGCAGUGAAGUUAAAAUACUGUAAUCGGUGAGAAGAAAACAAAAAAACUGCUGACAAUGAUUGAAUGCCUAAGUUAUGCGUCGUUUUUGUGGGAUCAUGUAGUAAUUUGUAAUAUCGUAUAAGUCGGCCGUACACAGUCGUCGUGUGUUUAUUAAACUUGUGCUUCGAGUGUAGCGCACACUGAA